AUGGCAAUUGAGCCCCAUAGCGAUUGCAAGAAUAGGUGCCUCAUGGAAAACACCUGUGUGUCUGUGAACGUUGGUCCACCCGACAAGAAUGGACUCAGGGUCUGUCAACUGAGUGAUUCUGAUCACACUCAACAUCCUGAUGACCUGAAACCCCAAGAAGGAUACCAGUAUUGGGCUACAAAGAAUCCAUGUUCAAGCAGCCCUUGUCUUCAUAAUGCAACCUGCCUAUAUGGGUUCACAGAUAAGAGAUACAUUUGCUUGUGUCAAGCUGGUUACAAGGGGAACAAAUGUGAAAAAAAAGCAUUCAAAGCAAUUUUUACAAAUCUCAAUGCCACUGGAAGAUGUGGUCCAACAACGCUGGGCAGUCACUAUACAGGUCAAGAUCAUGACGGACAAGUUACAUUGUCUAGCGGUAUUCAACAGUGGACUGUGCCGUACACUGGUGACUACAGAAUAGAAGCGGUAGGAGCAGCAGGAGGGUACGAUGGAGCUAAUAACAACCCUCAGUAUCGAGGGAGAGGAGCAAGAAUGAUUGGAACAUUCCGUUUAAAGGAGGACGAAGUCAUCCAGAUACUUGUAGGUCAAGAAGGAGGAAUAAACAAGAUGGAUAAAUCCUCUGGCGGUGGUGGAGGUACAUUUGUGGUGAGAGGAACUGAUACACCUUUAAUAAUAGCUGGAGGCGGAGGAGGGAUAGAUUCUGCUAAGUCAAUACAUGUAGAAUGUGACGCCAGCACAAGCAAAACAGGGAAAUCUGGACACAAGUCAUGGUCAGGGGGGAGCAAUGGGCAUGGUGCGCAGACUGCUGAUGGUGGCUACUCAGGUGGUGGUGGUGGCGGGUUUUACUCCAGUGGAAGAAGUGGAACUGAUUUCAAGGGGACCAAGGGAGUGGGCGGAGAAGGUGGUAAGGGAUUUCUUCAGAGAGGGGAGGGUGGGAGAUCACUGCAUCACAAUGUUGUUGGUGGGUUUGGUGGAGGAGGUGGAGCUCAUAGAGAGUCAGGAGGAGGAGGAGGAGGAGGGUACUCUGGUGGAAGCAGUGGAGAUGGUUCUCGUGAUAGCUGUGGGGGUGGGGGUGGCUCCUACAAUGAUGGAAACAACCAUGACAAUGAAUGCUGUUAUAAAACGGCUGGUCAUGGUCAGGUGACUAUCACAUUACUGUAA